ACGUUACAUAAAUUUUUUUUGUUGACUUCCUGCGGAGUAUUUUUUGUCUUUUAUUAUCGACGAAAAAAAAUUCAUAUAAAGAUGCUUCGUAAUGCAAUAGUUUCGUCGUGUUCUCUUCUGAGCAAAAAUAACUCGCAAAUUCUUAAAUCGAUUGGAGUUUUUGGUGUUAAUAAUCAACAGAAACGAGAACAGAAAACCAUGCCAGUUGUUGGAAAAGAUUCAGUAGAGAACCUUCCUGGUUCAGCUUUCGGAUGGAAACAAUCAAACUGGGCUGAUUGGACUGUUGCACGUUUGGAUGAUGUUUUGAAUUGGGGACGUAAAGGUUCUUUAUGGCCACUGACUUUCGGUCUUGCUUGCUGUGCUGUAGAAAUGAUGCAUAUAGCUGCUCCGAGAUACGACAUGGAUCGUUAUGGUGUUGUAUUUCGUGCAUCUCCACGUCAAGCUGAUGUUAUCAUUGUAGCUGGAACACUCACCAACAAAAUGGCACCUGCUCUGCGAAAAGUAUAUGAUCAAAUGCCUGAGCCCAGAUGGGUUAUUUCAAUGGGAUCAUGUGCAAAUGGUGGCGGAUAUUAUCACUACUCUUAUUCAGUAGUUCGUGGAUGUGACAGAAUCAUACCAGUUGAUAUUUAUGUCCCUGGCUGUCCACCAACAGCUGAAGCACUUCUCUAUGGAAUUCUUCAGCUUCAAAAGAAAGUAAAACGUAUGAAGACACUUCAAAUGUGGUACAGAAAGUAAAUGAAUAGAAAUAAAUUUAAUUCUCAAAUGUUCGAGAACAGCUAAAUUAAAAGCAAAAAUAUUUGUGUAAAUAAAAAAUCAAACAGAAUUUUUAUCUUUGUGAGUUUUUUCUGUUGAUUUAUCAAUGACUUUAUUUCACCUAGUUUUUAUUUUUUAUAAAUUUUGAUGAUAUUGUUCGUUAUGUAUGAGUUGUAUUCGAAAAAGUUGUUUAAUGUUUUGAAACUGUGACGAAAAGGAAUGGUUUUGCAACAAAUAAAUGUCUAGGUUUGUCAUAAAUUUGCUUCAGAAAAAAGAAAGAAAAAGGUUUUAAUGUCCAACACCUAAUCUUACAAUCAAAAAGCUUGACUUUUUACUGGCAACAUUUUAUCUUUCUUCAUACUUAAAUAGUAUCUCAAAGCAAUGUAUUUCUCUCAAUUGAAGCGAACCUCUGUUGC